UAUGCCCGGGUCUGGCUCCCAGAUGCUGUGGAGGCAUGGAAGCCAGCAGAGCUCACCAAAGACUACACUCCUGGAGACAGGGCUCUGUGUCUACAGCUGGAGGAUGGCACAAAUGUGGAACACAAGAUCGACCCCCAGACCAACAGUUUACCCCCGCUAAGGAACCCUGAUAUCCUGGUGGGGGAGAAUGACCUGACAGCUCUCAGCUACCUCCACGAACCAGCAGUACUACACAAUCUCAAAGUGCGCUUCGUGGAGUCCAAGAUGAUCUACACAGAUCAGAGGAACCAGUCCAUCAUCGUGAGUGGGGAGUCUGGGGCUGGUAACGCUGAUGAUUUCCACUGUACCAACCAGGGAGGUAGCCCUGUCAUAGAGGGAGUAGACGAUGCCAAAGAGAUGUGCAGCACCCGGAAGGCUUUCUCACUGUUAGGAAUCAAUGAAACGUACCAAAUGGACCUUUUCCAAAUCCUGGCCGCUCUGCUUCACCUUGGCAACGUGGAGGUGGAAGAGAGAUCGGCAGACAGCAGUAACAUCCUGCCUGACAAUAGUCACCUGACGGUGUUCUGUGAGCUGAUGGGCGUGGCCUACCAGGACAUGUCUCAUUGGCUGUGCCACAGGAAAUUGAAGACUGCCACGGAGACCUACGUUAAGCCCCUCUCCAAAGUGCAUGCGGUCAACGCACGGGACGCGCUGGCCAAACACAUCUACGCUAAACUCUUCAGCUGGAUCGUAGACCACAUCAAUGAGACUCUGCGCUCUGCUGUCAAACAGCGUUCCUUCAUUGGGGUUCUCGACAUCUAUGGGUUUGAAACGUUUCACAUCAACAGCUUUGAGCAGUUCUGUAUCAACUAUGCCAACGAGAAGCUUCAACAGCAGUUUAACAUGAUGCCCAAAGGCUCCGAUGACACAUGGGCUCAGAAACUUUACAACACCUUCCUGAAGAAAAAUGAUCUUUUUGACAAACCUCGUAUGUCCAACAAAGCCUUUAUCAUCCUCCACUUUGCAGACAAGGUGGAGUACCAGUGUGAGGGAUUCCUGGACAAGAAUAAGGACACUGUCAAUGAGGAGCAGAUUAUUGUGCUCAAGCUAAGCAAGUUUGAUCUGCUGUUGGAGCUGUUCAGCGACGAGGAGAAGCCUGCAGGCUCCCUGACCAGUCGCAGUAAGAUGACACGGCCUGUUCAGGCUCAGAGAGACCACAAGAAGACCGUCGGGACGCAGUUUCGUAACUCUCUACAUCUGCUGAUGGAGACUCUGAAUGGAACAACCCCUCACUAUGUACGCUGCAUCAAGCCCAAUGACCUCAAAUCCCCAUUCAUGUGGACCUACCAGGAGUUCUUCAACCGGUACCGGGUUCUGAUGAAACAGAAGGACAUUCUCUCAGACAGGAAGCAGACUUGCAGGAACGUCCUGGAGAAAUGGGUUCAGGACCAGGACAAAUACCAGUUUGGAAAGAGCAAGAUCUUCUUCAGGGCGGGUCAGGUGGCCUAUCUAGAGAAGCUACGUUCUGAUAAACUGAAGAAGGCGUGUGUUCGUAUCCAGAAGACCAUCAGAUGUUGGCUGGCCAGGAAGAGGUAUCUCCGUAUGAGACAAGCUGCCAUCACCAUACAGAAAAACACACGGGGUUACCAGGCGCGCUGUCUGGUAGUGUUCCUGAGGAGGACCAGAGCAGCGGUUAUCAUCCAGAAGAACCAGCGUAUGUUAGUGGCCAGGAGACGCUACCAGCAGCAGAGGUCUGCAUCCAUCACCAUGCAGCGUCUGCUACGGGCCUACCAGGCCAGACAGACCUACCGCAAGCUGCUGUACGAACACAAGGUUCUCACCAUCCAGAGGUGGGUGAGGGGCUGGCUGGCCAGGCGGAGGUGCAGACGGUCCCUGAGGGCCGUGGUUUAUCUCCAGAGCUGUGUGAGACGAGUGGCUGCCAGGAGGGAGCUGAGGAAGCUACGGGUGGAGGCGCGCUCUGUAGAACACUUCAAGACGCUCAACGUGGGCAUGGAGAACAAGAUCAUGCAAUUGCAGAGGAAGGUGGACGAACAGCACAAGGAGAACAGAGAGCUCAGUGAGAGGUUGCGUACUGUGGAGCGGUCCCGGGCAGCGGAGAGCGAGAGACUGGGGAGAGAGGUGGAGCGACUGCGCGUGGCAGAGGAGGAGAGCAGAGUUAAAGCAGACGGGGUACCUUCCCUCCUGGAACAGCUGUCAUUCCUCCGUCAGGAAUUGGAGAAUACCAGGGAGGAGAAAAAGGCCAUACAGGAGGAGGCUAGGACAUACAGGGUGGACACUGAGAAGGUGGUGUCAGAGUUGAAUGAGAACAACAGCUUGUUGGUAACAGAGAAAGACAAUAUGAAUCAGCUGAUCCAGGAACAGAGACAACAGAUAGCAGAGAGCAAGGCUAAAGACGGUAUGCAGCUGGAGAGUGACCUCCGUGAGGAGCGUGACCACUACCAGAGUCUGCUGAGUGAAUACACACACCUAAAAGAGAGACACGCCGACCUGAAAGAAGAGAUGACUAUCAGUGUGAUCACCAAUAAACCAGGCCACCGGAGAACAGACUCCAACUACAGCAGCAAUGAGUCUGAGGGAACUCCCAGCUCUGGAUUCGCGGAGGGAAGAAACAGCUCCGUGAAAACUCCCAGCUCAACACGCAGCUCCUCGGGGUUCACCGAGUCGGAGACGAGAUCUCUACGAGGAGACGACGCGUCGCACCAGGACGCGGUUGACAUGUCAGUCCUGUUGAAGCUGCAGAGGAGAGUCACCGAGCUGGAGCAGGACAAACAGACACUGCAGAGACACCUGGAUAAGCGGGAGGAGGCACAACAAGACCAGGUCCAAAAUGCAGAGAAGCAAAAGACUGCGGGGAGAGCUGAGCUAGACCUGGAGGCUCUGAAACGCCAGGAGCUGGAGUCGGAGAACAAGAGGCUGAAGACAAACCUGGCGGACCUGCGUCAGUCUCUAGCUACAGUCUCCAACCCCGGGGGUAAGACCAACCCCGGGGCUAAGACCAACCCCGGGGCUAAGACCAACCCCGGGGCUAAGACCUCCACCAGCAGCCCCGGGCCGGGCUCCCCUCCCUACACCGUGCUCCUUGAACAGCUCAACUCCUCCAACGAGGAGCUGGAGGUCAGGAAGGAGGAGGUGCUGCUCCUCCGCUCACACCUGGUCCGCCAGGAGGUGCUCAAACACAACAAGCUGCAGGUGCAGGACAAGAGGCACGAGAAGGAGGUGGAGGAGCUGAAAGAGGAGGUGCUCAGGGUAAAAGAGGAGAACAGGCAGCAGCAACAGUUCCUCUCCCAGAGCCUCCUCCUCCCCCAGGAGGCCCGCAUCGAGGCCAGCCUGCACCACGAGAUCACACGCCUUACCAGCGACAACCUGGACCUGAUGGAGCAGCAAGAGAAACAGGACAAGAUGAUCCGCAAACUAAAAAAACAGCUCAAAGUCUACGUCAAGAGGGUAGAAGAAUACGAAGCUAGCGGUCAGAUGGAGAGGGUGGCUCCAGGUCCAGAGCCUCGCUCUCCUGUUGGUAUCACCCGGAAGGAGAGGGACUUCCAAGGCAUGCUGGAGUACCGGAGGGGGGAUGAGAGCAAACUACUGAAGAGUCUGGUUGUGGAGCUGAAGCCUCGCGGUGUGGCGGUUAACUUCCUCCCUGGUCUGCCGGCCUACAUCCUGUUUAUGUGUCUGAGACAUGCUGACUACUCUAAUGAUGACCAGAGAGUCAGCAUCCUGCUCAACUCUACCAUCAACAGCAUCAAGGGAGUCCUCAAGAGGCGAGGAGAUGACUUUGAGACUGUGUCUUUCUGGCUGGCCAACACCUGCCGGUUCCUACACUGCCUGAAGCAGUACAGUGGAGAGGAGGCGUUUGUAAAGAACAACACCCCGCGGCAGAAUGAGCACUGCUUGUGUAACUUUGACCUGUCAGAGUACCGUCAGGUCCUCAGUGACCUGGCCAUCCAGAACUACCAGCAGCUGGUCAGAUGCAUGGAGGAGGCCCUGCAGCCUAUGAUAGUUCCGGGUAUGCUGGAGCAUGAGAACUUCCAGGGAGUUCUGGGGUCUAACCCACGGGCCUUCGGAAGAGGACGUCCAGUUUCCCCGGAGAGGCUGUUUACACGGUGGACAGCAUCCUACAGCAACUCGGUCUCCGUCCACGCUACCCUGAUUCAGCAUGAACGUCGACCCCGAGCUCUCAAACAGGGGGGGAGGCAGCAGUUCUAG